UCUGUGUAAUCUUUCACCUUCCAUUAUCCAUAAAAUCAUUAUCACCAGAACGAACAAGAGGUUGCAGCAACAAUGGCAGCUAUGGCUGCUCUCCAGAGCUCCAUGACUUCUCUCUCCCUCUCCUCCGACUCUUUCUUCGGCCAGCGUCUCUCUCCCAUCACUCUCUCUCCUCGUCUUCCGGGUAAGUCAGCAGAUAAGCAAUGUCCUAUUGUAAUGAAGCUCAAGCGAUGGGAGCGAAAGAAAUGUAAACCAAACAGCCUUCCUAUCUUGCACAAGAUGCAUGUUAAACUUGGAGAUACUGUGAAAAUCAUAUCUGGACAUGAAAAAGGUAAAAUUGGGGAGGUUGUUAGGCUCUUCAAGCACAACAGCACUGUCAUCGUGAAAGACAUGAAUUUGAAGACAAAGCAUGUGAAGAGUAAAGAAGAGGGCGAACCAGGGCAAAUUCUUAAGGUUGAAGGUCCUAUCCACAGCUCAAAUUUGAUGCUCUACUCGAAAGAGAAGAACGUGGCGAGCCGCGUGGGUCAUAAAGUCCUUGACAAUGGUAAAAGUGUCCGCUACCUUAUAAAAACUGGAGAGAUAAUUGAUACCACUGAGAAUUGGGAGAAACUGAAGGAAGGGAAAAAGAAAACUGCAGAAGUUGCUACAACUGCUUAGUUUUACAGGUUCAGUUCUGAAGCAUUCAAUAGUAUUGUUGUAACUCUAGCUGUGCUUGUAAUCUUCUUUCCUUCUUAUUGUAGUGUAUAUUGUUUUUAUCAUGUUUGUUGAUCCUCCUACGUGAAACCUGAGUGAUUGAAUUUUGUAAUUUUUCCAUUGGUUGGAAUCUUUUUUUGAUGAUAGAAUUGUUAAUCGUUCAUUUCUCCA